AUGGAGGGAAAUCCAGAACCCGAACCCGUACGAGGGGAGCCGCCCCACGAAACCGAAGCAAAGGCACCAGCAGAUAUCAAUCUACCAAGCGAACCUCUGGGAACCCAAGGCCAACUCGAGACAGGCGAAACACCAGUGGAGGACCCGGCACAAGAACAAGUCAAAUCAUGGAUAGAAUCUCAGACCGAAACCGAACCACAACAGCCUCCGAUCGAAUCUUCAACUGUCGAUGCAGAGGGUGACGAUACUGCAGGCGAGCUGCCCCGCGUCGAAGCUGACGCCCCCAGCACAGAGACAGAGGUACCUGGCAUGACUGGUACAGCAGCCGAAAGCGCUUCGACCACAGCUUCAGCACCACCUCAAGGCACAGACGCCACAGCACCUCCAGCUGGAGUUGGAGUCGUUACAGGACCGGCUUUGAUAACUCCACGCAGGCGGGCUGCAUCAGCCUCCACUGGCCCCUCGUCCUCCACUUCGGCCGCCGGUCAUGGCCAUGUCCCUCAUUUUGUCGCUCCGUCAUCCUACCUUCGACGCAGGACUUCCAUCCGGAGCCCAAUGGCGCCCACCGAGCCGAAACCUCUGAGUCCUUUGGACAGAGAUCAGUUGCAAGGUCUGAACGCUAUUCGCGAUUUCCUCAGAGUGCGCACCAGCUACGAUGUUCUGCCACUUUCGUUCCGACUCAUCGUCCUCGAUAACGAACUCCUCAUAAAAAAGGCGAUCAACAUCUUGACACAGAACUAUGUCGACAGCGAGACCAACAAGGAGAUGGUUGUUUCGGUCAUCACUCAAUAUCGCAUCCUCAAGUUUAUCGCUGUUAACAACGAACAUAACACAGUACUGCUGAAAAAGACCGUUCGGGAGAUUGGUCUCGGCACCUACUCAGGCAUCGCUACAGCCAAGAUGAACAGUUCGGUGCUUGACGUCGUUCAUCUCAUGGUCAAAUACAACAUCAGCUGUGUUCCAAUCAUCGAUUCGCACGGCCGAGUGCUGAAUGUGUUUGAAGCGGUUGAUGUCAUCCCCUGUAUCAAAGGUGGUGCCUACGAAGAUCUGGAUGGUUCCGUUGGAGAGGCGCUGUGCAAGAGAUCUGAUGAGAGCCCGGGCAUUUACACAUGCAGCGAAGGCGAUCGCCUGGAUUCCAUCUUUGACACUGUCCGCAAGAGCAGAGUUCACCGUCUGAUAGUAGUCGACGAUGACAACAAGCUCAAGGGCAUCAUCUCCCUUUCGGAUAUUCUCAAGUAUGUUUUGCUGUACGGGGUGGAAGACACAAGUAACUGGGCUUGA